AUGGCUGCCGCAGCACACACAAUACCAGGUUUUGAAUUUUCAACUGCCGACGACGACAACAUGGAUCUGCAUUCCGACGAUGGCGGCAUCGACUUCGACGAUGGUGACAUCGAUUUAGAUCUCGACCCUCCGCCUCCCCAGCCCCAGGACGAAGAGAUGUCCAUGAACGAUGCAGCCUCGGUCAACGACGUGGAUGCUCAGACCGUCCCUGGCGAGCAGGACGAUUUCAUGGUCGACCAAGAGGAUGUGAUACAGGAGGAUUAUAGCUUCCAGGAAGAUCAAGGCGUUACACUCGUUGACCAGCCUUCCGCACAGCCUGACCAGUCCGUACAGCCCACACAGUCACCACAGCCUGCCGCAGUCAACCUUCCCCCGAUCCAGACGAAUACCUCACAUCAAGAUGACGACUUAAUCGACUAUUCCGAGGAGGAGGGCGAUGACUACCACAAUCCCGAGCUACGUUCACCGUGGCUGCGAACCGAAAGCUACGCAAGCUAUUACUCGGACGCGCAGGCGGUACAUGACGAACUGCCUAAGGAGAUGACUGAACAGCAAGAUGAGAUACCCGCUGAUUUGCAAGCUCUAUUUCCCAUGCCUGCAGAUAACAAGUCGCCCAGCCCGCACCGAGAGCCUCAGACCGUAGCUGAUCACAGCCCGACGCGCGCAGCGGCGCAUGAAGCCGCACCCUCACCCCGCCCGCAAUCUAUCGACGACAACGAAGAGGACAGUCAGAAUGAUGAGGGUGACGGCGGUGUCAUGUUGCCAGCCCAGGAAGAGCAUGCAGAUGGUGAAACUCAAGAUCAAGACUCGACACACCACGGCUAUGAACAAGAAGCUACUGCUGAUGACAGCGAGCAUCAUGACAGUGACUUAUCUGAAUUUCCAUCUGUCACCGUGAACCUCCAUGGCGAAGAGUAUUGGCUUUUCAAACAGCAUGACUACGACAACAGUGGAGACUGGCUCAUUCAGGACAUCUCGCUUGCGAAGGCUAGUUUGUCGGACCUCUUUCAAGCAUGCCGUAUGUCCCUGUGUGAGGAUGUGUCAAACGAGACAGAGUUCGGCUUCAAAUUUGAGCACUUGCAGAAUCUGGAAAUCUUCGAAGACAACUCGGCAUGUGUAGCUGUUUCGCUUGAGCGUCUUGUGGGAUACUACCGUUCGCUCCAUGCACAAGAUGGCAACAACAACCCAGACUCCUUUUAUAUCUCCUUGAUGUUUCGACCGCGCUUCGCUACUCUGCUCUCAGACAUCGCGAAAUAUGCCGACCAAGGAAGCGGCUAUUCUGCUUUUGAGGCUGCCGUUAUCGCUGGUGAGACACAUUUCGCUGGCAUGAUUGGUGGGGCUUCAAGUGAUGAGCCCACUGAGUGGGACACCCAAGAGCAGGAUCAAGCGUACGGUGAGCAGCGCGAAGAAGCAGGCGAUCAUGUUGAGGAGCCGGAGUCUGCGAAUGCUGAAGCACAGGCACCAGAACAUGAUGGCAAGGGUGAUCACGACGAAGGAGAAGAUGAGCGAGAGGCCCAUGACGACGAGCAUAACCAUGACGAAGCAGAAGAUGAGCAAAAGGCCUAUGACGACGAGGGAGUGGAUGUGCACGAGGUGGAGCACACAUCGGCCGAUCACGCUUCUUCCAAUGAGCUCGAUCAAAACGAAGAACCCACUCAGCAGAAUGCUCAAGAGGGUGAUGGUGUGGAGGAUCCAGAGCGCGAAGAAGUUGAGGUUGCGCAUUUGCCAGAAGAGGAGCAAGCACCGGCUCCUGAAGAAAGCCACAGUAUGCAGGCUGCUAAUUCUAGUGACGUAUCCACAAACCCUCAGGAAGUUGUGGAGCAACCUCAGCAAGAGAGUCCCAAACCGAGCGAGAAGACCGACGCCGAGUCGGAGGCCCUUCGCUUGCAGGAGCAAGAUGACUUGAUUGACUACAGUGACGAAGAAGACGAACCGGUCGUGGAUGUCAAGGGAGCUGAAGAUGCUUCCGCUAAUGAGCCGUCACCCUCGUCCGCGACGCUCCAAGGCGAUGAAUCUGUCAACGUAGAUGGACAUGGCUCCACCGUAGGCUCAUCCAGCCACAAUGAGAAUGCCGCCGAGAACGCUGAGGAAGACCGUCAUGGCGAAGCAGUACAUGAACAGACUGAAGGCAACGACGACAAUGAGCAGUCGUACCAGGACUUUGUGCAAGCCUUCGACGAAGAAGAUCCCUUCCAGGACUUUCAAGCGGAUGGAACAGAUGAUUAUGGUGCAGACGCAUACGACGGCGACACUAACCAAGACUUCGCCACCCAAGAGUACCAGGACCUGGACGAACAGCCAGAUCUGGACUUUAUGAAUGGAGACGAGUUCAACGUUGCUGGCGCCGAUGUGACGGAUGGCAACGAUGUGAACGGUACGGACGACUUCCUGGAUCUGGAAAAUAAUCCUGAGUGGGACGCCGAGCCGGAUCUUGCUCAAGAAGGUUCAGAGAAGCCGGCCAUUGCAGAUGAUCACACCGACGCCCAAGACGGAGAGGACGGUGUGGCUGGACAGACUGCGAACGCAACGUCUUCGGCUGCAGAUCCUACAACGGCCUCGUCCAACGAUGCGAAUGAUGUGUCACCACAAGGACAAAAGCGAUCCAUCGACGAGGCUGGACAUGGAGCGGAUAUUGCAUCUGACUCUAUAGGUAAGCUCAAGCUCUUCGCACGUAAGCGAAACUCAUGCGCUGACUAUUUCGAACCAGACGCCAAGCGCCCCAGAGUGUGA